CUGCCCAGCACAAAGAUGGCGGAAGGGAGGGCAGGAAUCGGCGUCAUCACGGAAGCGGCGCGCGCUCCUGACGUCAUCGCGCGGCGCCGCAGGGAAGGCGCCUCGUGGAGGAUGGAGGGGGACGGGGCGGCGGCGGCCGGCACCGAGGGGGAGGCCCCGAGCCCGGCCCCAGCGCCCGGCUCGGCCCCGGCCCCCGCCGCGCGGCGCCGCCGCAAGGCCGCCAAGAAGCGGCAGGAGGCGGCGGUGGCGGCCAUCCCCCGGGGCAGGCCCAAGUCGGGGCGGGUGUGGAAGGAGCCGGGCAGGAAGAGGUUCUCGCUGAUGGUCCGGGACAAGCCCCUGCGCGCCUCGUGGGAGCGGAAGGUGAAGGAGCGGCAGGAGAGGAGGCUCGUCCGGGAGCUGGCGCGGCAGCUGCAGGAGGGGAAGCAGAGGGAGCGAGAGGAGAGGAAGCGGCGGCGGGAGGAGAACCUGAAGCGGCGCCUGGAGAACGAGCGGAAAGCAGAAAUUGUCCAAGUGAUCCGGAACCCGGCGAAGCUCAAGCGGGCGAAGAAGAAGCAGCUGCGGCGGGUGGAGAAGCGGGACACGCUGGCCAUGCUCCAGAAGGCGCCCGUGCGGCACAAAGCAGCCACGGAGUGAGGCCAGGGCACCGGGCGGCCGGGGCUCUGCGGGUCCCGCUCCUCUCUGGGGCCUCGGUGACAGACGGACAGCAGGACGGAGCUGGGGGGGUCACGCAGGGCUGUGAUCUGCAGGAUGCAGCUGCUGCAGCCCCCUGCCCCGUGAAGCCCCGCGGUGUUGCUGGUGCCUGGGGCUGGACCGAGAACUGCUUCAACUGCCCAAAUUUGCCUUUUGUUUAUAAAAACAAAGAGGAACUGC